AUGAACACAGUUUCCACUGCAGCCUUCUGCUCAGAGCAGGAUACGGGCCUCAGCAUGAAGUGUGUCCUGUUAACCUUGCUGAUGGUGACUGGAGUUGUUCCAUUUGUUAGUCGUGACACGGAAGUGUUAAAUCAUCAUCUCCGCUUAUUACACCUGAACUCCAGUUCCCGGUCCUGUGUGGGCACUCUGAUUGCCCCUCGCUGGGUGCUGACGGCGGCACACUGCUUCUUACCAGACCUGCAGAUCAUCUUUCAUGGUAGUUCUCGAAGUUAUCAGGACUUUAUUGGGGAGAUUCUACCUUAUGAGAAGAUCUUCAUUCACCCAAACUUCACUGUCACUUCUUCUAAAAAUGACCUUAUGCUGAUAAAGUUGUCCGUACCUCUCACCUUUUUCUCCACUGAGAUUUUCCAGUUGCCUGCUCUCAUGAAUAAUGAAGUUAAAGAUUGCUUGGUUCACUCCUGGAUACAGGAUGAAGAUUAUUUUGGAAACCCGGACAGGAACCUGCACAGCCUGAAGAUUCGAUUGAACACUCCUAUAAACUGCAAAAAAUUACUGGGUGAAAAAUUCCUCGAAGACAUGUUCUGCACGGAGCACAUGCCAGGGAGCAAAGAGCGAUGCCAGGUAGUUACAGCCGCACCAGCCGUUUGCGGCAGUGAAUUACGAGGAGUUAUGUCUUGGGCAACUGGAUGUAUUCUGACAGGACACACUGUUGUCUUCACGGACCUCUACAGCUACACCCCAUGGAUCCAGAACAUUAUUUCUACCAAAUAA